CCGUGUUCCUCUCAGUCUUCCUCCCCCCCCCACCGCUUCGUGUUGCUCGAGGAAGUGAAUGCACGGCGAUCGCCGGGGAGGCGAGGAGACUCGACGCGGUGACGAUCUAUAUCUAUUCGCCGCUGACCCGCCGCAUUCCUCUCCCCCACCAACAGAGAACCCAGAACCGAGAUGGCUUAGGGGAGUGACUGCUCUUCUGACGUCGCGACCCGGAGUGCGGAGCAAACCCGCCGCCGCCGAGGAGCGGGAGCACUCCAUCGGACGGGCCUCCUGCGCGUCUGGCCGGAGACGGCGACCAGAGCUUCGGGGCGGGACACCACCUGUUCGACGGAAUGGCCGAGAGGAUGUGCAGCAAGGAAGCCGCUGUGGCUGGCGGCGAUGAGGACCGGGUAAGCACGCUGCCGGACGAAUUGAUCCAGCUGGUGCUGUCAUUCCUGCCCUCGCACCAGGCCGUGCAGACGUGCGUGCUCGCCACCCGCUGGCGCACCCUCUGGAAGUCCGUGCCGGCCAUUCGCCUCGACGCCUAUGCUGGGACCUACCAGUUUGGGCAGGACCUGAGCCAUUUCGUCCAUAGUCUUCUCCGAUACCGUGACCCAACUCCUCUGCGUGAAUGUGAGAUCCUUUUUAAUGGCGAUCAUCGCCAUGAUUGUUACGACCUACGAGGAGGAGAUUCAGCAAGACUUUGAGCUGUGGCUCCGUUAUGCUGUGUCAUGCAAAGCGAGGGUUAUUCGACUCGAAAUAACUGUUUAUCGUCCUUUGAGGAUAUUUCCUGGGACUCUCAUCUCCCAGCACUUGACAAGGUUAAUUCUUCAUCGUGUCCAGUUUGAGGAUUUCUCUCUUGAUGUUUUGGGCUGUCAGUUACUGGAGGUGUUGGACAUUCAAGACUGUAUAAUCGACAUUGAGACUGUUUUCCCAAAAUCUCUACAACAUCUGGCGAUCAGAGAUACAGGUCUUUUCCCAAUGGAAACCCGGUGUGUUAUAUCUGCGCCAGGUCUGGUUUUCUUGGAACUAUACGACUGUUUGGGUUGGACUCCGUUGCUUGAGAGCCUGCCAUCAUUGGUAACGGCAUUUAUCAACACUGGACCCUACUGCAGAGAUAAUUGUAGAAAUAGUUCUAACGGGGACUGUGGUCUCGAGUCAUGUGUGGAGUGCUAUGGUAUAGAUGAUUGUGUGCUUCUCCAAGGUUUAUCAGCCGCUACAAAUUUAGAGCUGAUAACCUGCAAGUCUAUGAUCUUCAGAAAUGAUAUAAAAUGGUCCCCGAUGUUUAGCAAGGUAAAAACAUUGUUGCUUGGUGACUGGUGUAUGGCUGCUAACUUCAAUGGACUAGUUUACUUUCUCCAGCACUCACCAAUUCUACAGAGGCUUACGCUUGAACUUGCUAGUCGCUCUGAGGAAUUUCUCAUUGAAACGAGUGAGAUCUACAACCCAGCGGAACAAUUUUUGGUAUCAAAACAUCUCAAGGCAGUCAAAAUCAAUCAUGUGAAAGACGAUAAAAGGAUUCACCAAUUAUUGAAGGUCCUUGCUUAUCAUGGAGUACAUUUGGAACUAAUAAACAUUGAAGAGAAGGAGGACGCUCGUGAACGCUUCAGUUUUCAGCACAAGUAGCAGUUCAGAUCAUCCACUAUCGUCGCUUCUCUACUCAGAGACUCCCAUAUUCCCUGAAUGUUACACUGAUAAGGUGGUACUUCCUGCGUUUUGUGAACCGAGAUGGUGCGCCUGCCCAUCACGUCCAUUUCAGUAUGUCAUGUGCCUCGCCUGGAUGCUGUUGGAAAGGCUUAAACCCGUCCCUGUAUCGCUCUUGCUUGUUUCCUGAGCUUGGUUAGUGUCAGUCCUGAACUGAUCAAGCUGCUGAAGUCGGUGCGUUUUUGGUUUA